GUCUGAAUCAUACAACUGAUAUUUGUGGUCCACACCUAGAAUUUAGCAGAUAACCAAACAAUAUAAGUCAUGGAUUUUUUGUUGAGCUCUUCAACUUCUGACCAUUUGAGUGGUUUGCUGUGAAAUCCUCCUGGCUGUAAGAUUGCUCAUGUUUCUGCAAGAAUGAAGGCUGGUCACAAGUGUCUGCUUUUCCACUACAUUUUGCUGUCUGUUGCUUUUUUGUGCCAUGGCAAAGACCUGUUCUUCAAUGACAAUGGAAACCUCAUACUCCCGGGGUCCUACAAUAUUCCAUGGAUGUCAGGCAUUGAGGAUUUCCGCACCCUCUCUCUCAUCUCCAUCCCUGGCACCCACGACAGCAUGGCCCUGUACGGAGGUCCAGAGGCUGAAUGCCAGGCCUUGUCCCUGAGGGAUCAGCUCAGGGCCGGCAUUCGUUUCCUGGAUCUCAAAGUGUUUGGACUGGGUGACACCCUCUAUGUCAUGCAUGGAGUGAUGUACCAGCACAGCACUCUCAAGGAGGUCCUAGACACUGUCCGAGCCUUCCUGUCAGAGUUUAAGACCGAGGCUGUGCUCAUUAGAGUGCAGCCAGAGUCUUUUGAGAAGAAAACUGUCAAUGAAAUGGUGCAGAGUCUGAUUGGCAACGACAAACGUGUCUGGGUGGCCUCUGGAAUGCCAAAUAUGGGUCAGGUCAGGGGGAAAAUUGUCUUUUUGCAGAAGAACACCUUCACACUGGGAAUUCCCCUCAUAGAUACAGAUGGGAAAGGUAACAACAAGGUUAGCGACGUUAAAGAUAAAGACAACAGAAUAAUCAAGCAGCUGAACCAAGCCACUGAAGCUUGUGGAGGUGAUAAUGCUGUUUUGACCUACACUAGCGGCACUGGCUUUGGUACUAUCUGGGGAAUGUUUCUUACUCCAAAAAGAGUGGCAGAAAAGGUAAACCCAUGGCUCAAUCAAUACCUGAGACAGUUUUACCCUAAUCAGCCCAGACCAUGCUUUGGUAUUAUUGCCAUGGACUUCCCCGGCAUUGACCUCAUUCAAACUGUUACCAAUUUAAACUGGUGGUAGAAGUUCGGUAAUUAUGUACAAUGUGGCCCAUCAUGUGUUUGAAAGGUUGAGGGUUUGAAUGUGAUGGAGCACUAUGAAAUUCCUGAAUCUUUCCCAUCACUUGUCACUGUACACACGCUGAUAUAGCUGAAAUAUCUGGAACUCCAAAAUGUAAUCUGAAAACUGAUGCUCUCCUUGUCUUUGUCAGUUGUAUCCUGAACUGUGUAAUUUUGGAAGCAAUGGCAGCAACAUUGUCUGACCAUAAUUAUGUCAAAAAUAAAUUUCAUUUUAUUGCAUCCUCA